AUGGCUGGCCAAAUUUCCCCUGAGCCCUUCCCGCUCAUAUUCCCGCUCUCACCAGCUCGAGAGGACUUUGCGAAAAUUCCCAAUCACACCAGCAGCAACCAGCAUUGCCAUCCUUGCAAACCCACCAGAUCGCACCACCAUUGCCACAGCAUUGCCAUCUUGCAAAGCACUAGCUCGCACCACGAUUGCCACCCUUCUCUGUACCUACCAACUCAUAAUCUUCUACUCUGCAUGUCUGUAUUCUGGCUCUUCAUAUCUGUGACUGGAGGUAUAGAGAAUAUUGGGUGUACAAAGAAGGAUAUAUAUAACCAUGAAUCUAAGGUGCAGAAUGAAUUAAGAGGACAAGAUGCAGAACUUUUAAAGGAAUAUUUCCUAACCGAGCAAGAAAAGGAUCCAUGCUUCUUUUUUAAAAUAGAUGUAGAUGAUGAUGGUAAAUUGAAGCGUUGUUUUUGGGCUGAUUCGGUGUCUAGAAGAGCUUAUGGAUGUUUUGGUGAUGUAGUUGUAUUUGAUACAACAUACAACACUAAUCAAUAUGGUAUGAUAUUUGCACCCUUGGUAAGGGUGAACAAUCAUGAUCAAACGGUGCUUUUUGCAUGUGCCUUUUUAAGUGAUGAAAAAACAGAAUCAAUUGUUUGGUUGUUUGAGCUAUUAAAGGAUAGCAUGCCAAUGAACAACCCAAAAAUGAUCAUUACCGAUCAAGAUCCUGCAAUGACAAAGGCUAUAGUUCAAAGCUUACCGAAUACAUUUCAUAGGUAUUGUAGUUGGCACAUACUUGAGAAGUUCUCUGCGUAUUUAAAUGCAAUCACCUAUAGAGAUUUUUAUAAGGACUUCCAACAAUGCAUUUGGGAAUCAGAGUGCUCUGAAGAGUUUGAAAGAAAAUGGGUGACUACCAUCGAGAAGGCAAGCUUAGAUAACAAUGAUAGGUUAAAAUCAAUAUUUGAGCUACGUUCAAGAUGGGUGCCUGCGGUGCUUGCACAUCAACGUCACAAAGAGUUAGGGGCUGAUCAUGUUGAUAUUAAUGAGAAGCUUGUUUUGAAAUUGCCAUUGGAAAUGCAAAAGCAAAUGGCUGAGAUUUACACACACUAG